CGAAGACUUGAGCAGUGAUGUAGGGUUUUGUGGUGGUGAGGGUUUGUCAGUGUGGCAGUGCGCCUUUUAGUCCUUGUGUUGACCAUAUCAAGCUACUUACACCCACACAUCAGCACUGCAAAAAAUUCGUGCAGGUGAGAAUUAUAUUUUGUCUCCAAUCUCGCUGACAAUUGGGAGUGGCCGCGGCGCCUCACGAGUUACGUCACGAAGGCUGCUUGACUCUGAUCAGGCUCCACAACACAGGAGGCCAAUAUGACGCCGCCCCUCCGUGUCCACAGCUGCACCUCCACUAAACUGUUCAUGGGCCGUCAUGCUUACCUGUGGCUGCACUAGGCCAAGUCUGCGCCGCCAGAUCCACGCCCCUCGCUCACUAUGAAGUUCAAAGACGAGUCAGGGUGGUUGCGGGUGGUGGUGUGCUUCGCUGUGCUCUUCGCCCACCAUGGCCCGGACGCCCUCAUCACCGCCCUCCCUAACAUCGCCGCCUCCACCUCACCUCCUUCCACUCCAGCCCCUCCUCCUACCACCCCUGCUCAAGGAAACGAAACAUACGAAAAUGAAUAUACCGUCAGAAACAUAAACUUGACAUCCGGGAAACGAAAACAAGAGGACACUGUACUUGGACGAAAUAUUCUGACUGUAUCACAUAGAUUUCCGAUAACCGACAGUGUGGUUGUGGGUGGUGAGAGGGAGUCUAGUGGUGUAGCAAUAAAGACACAUUCCUUGCCCACUGCAGCCCCCAGCCUGCCAUCACGCGAGGCUCAUGAGGAAACAAGUGAGGAAAAUUACCAAUCUGAAUUCAAAAGUGCGUCGUUUAAACGUAAGAUUGACGUGACUAACAGUGAAGGAGAUUAUGUACCAAACAAAGAUAGUAAAGAUUAUAACUCUUUGCUUAGAGAAGAGAUUGUGGCAACUAACAGUGAAAAAGAUUACGUGUCAAACAAGAACAGUAAAAGUUAUAUUCCCUCGUAUAGACAAGAGAUUGAUACGACAAAGAGUGAAAUAGACAACAAUGUAUCAGAAAAGAAUAGUAAGAGUGACAUUGCUACGUAUCUUUGGCCUCCCUUCUUUGCAUUUCGAGGUGGGAAGGACACAAACUUACCGCUGGAGAUCGCAAGGAAACGAACACCUACCAGACAACAUAAGAGGAACCUUGAUGGACAGAGAACCAACCUCCUAAGUAAAUAUGCAGUGCUGAAAGACGAUAGAAUAAUUUACAAGCGCAAACCUGACAUUUCUGGGUCUGUGAAGUUGAGAGGCAGGAAGAAUGUAUCACGUCCAUCACCAUCAGCUCCGUCACAGGACUGGCAGAGUGGGAGAAGCGGUGAACAGAGGCAGGAGGAGGCGGUGUCUGAAGGAGGGAAGUUUCAGUCAUCCUCCACAGAAGACUAUGAAUUCAAGACGGAGUGGUCGCUGUUCCUGGAGGGGCUGGUGCUGAGUUCCGUGCACUGGGGAUGGCUUUUCGCUGCCCUGCUAGCCGACCCUCUCAUGGACAGGGCAGGCGUGGGCGUCGUGCUGGCGGUAUCCAUGGGCGCGUCUGGCCUCGUCGGUCUCCUCACUCACGCUGCUUCGCUCGGGGGUCCCUGGGCUCUCCUCGGCCUCAGGGUGGUGCAGGGAAUCGUCCAGGGCGUGAGCUAUCCUGCGGUGGUGCGGGUGCUGGAGGGCGUUCCUUUGGCCAUCAGAGCCAUCGCAGCACUCCUUGUCUUCCUGGGACCCUGUGUGGGGACAAGCGUAGGGGCGUCUCUGGGAUCCUUGGCUCAGUGGUACAUUGCGACAUACGUGGUGGGCAGUGUGGCUAUUGUUCUCACGCCCCUGUGCCUGCUGCUGCCGCCGCCGCCUGACGCUGCCCCACACAAGGAGAUGCAUUGGAAAGGCGUCCUCACUUGCCGUGGUGUGUGGGCGUGCGUGGGCGUGCACGUGGCCAACACCUGGAUGCUGCACACACUAUUGGUGGGGCUGCCUUUUUGCCUCACCUACACCGACCUGGAUCAGCCCUCAGCCAGCGGCUGGGUGGUGGCGGCGGUGGCUGUGGGUGUGUGUGUUGCGGUACGCCUCCAGCUCUUCCUCGCCGCGAAGCUCACCAUCGAGAAUUCCCCCACCGCCCUCAACCGCCGUCGCAUCCCUGUAGUGGCCGGUACCGCGAUGGUGACGACUGCCCUGAUAGUCAUGGCGACGGCUGGCCUGGACUCCAUGGAAGUGCUGGUGGGUGUGGGUGUGGGCCUCGCUGGCUUGGGCGUGGGCGUGGCGAGAGUGGGCUACCGUCUGAACGUGGAUGACAUUGCUCCGGUGGCUGCGUGGCGCAUCACCAAGAUACUGGACGCCGCCGGGGUGGUGACGGCGGCACUCUCGCCGCUGGUGGUGACGGCGCUGGCCCAGGCUGGCAGCAGCGGGUGGGUGGGCGUGUGGUUGGUGCCUCUGGCUGCCCUGCUCCCCGCGGCGGCCGCCCACCUCUUCCUGCUCACCUCCAACCCUCAGCCCUGGGACAGCACAGACAAAGGCACGAGGGCAGGAGAGAACGGGGCGGCUGUAGGAGGAACAGGAGCAGAAGUCACGGUGAAUGGCGGGACGAACACUCUCUCCGUGGGCAGGCAGAGUUUCAAGAGUGCUCGGUCGGCUCUCACCUUCAAGACGGCACGAUCGCGUUCAAGGACUCGCACUAUCUCCUGCCGCACCAUAGACGAUGAUCUGGAGGGCGACAUGUACAGCGUGGCCAACAGUAACGUGGACUACCGCAGCGUGACGGACGAGGUCGACCAGGAUUGCGUCAGCGUGGCGUCCUCCAGCACCUUCAAGAGUGACGGGGCUGACAUGCACAGCGUAGUGGACGAGGCGGACGGGAUCACCAGCACUAAGAAGCAGCCCGGGCACCAGUUUGGCUCAAUGCUCGUCAAUGGAUGCACAGCUGACCGCACCUCCGUCUGGCUGUCCUCUCACCACGACCUUGUGUUGGAGGCUGGGGGGGAACACGCCUCCUCCAAGCGAGCUGACACCCACGCCACCAACGCGAUUUUCGGGCUUCUUUGGUAAUUCCUGUGAUAUGUGAGCACUCCCUGAUGUAAUGUCAGUGUUUCUCCAAUUUUUAGGUUCUUUUGUCUUAUUCUUUGUAGUCUUGGCAAUAUUAUCAGUGAGUUGUUUUUUGUUCCCCUUAUUUUGUUCCAGUAAUCCAGUUUCCCUUUUUGGCGUGGAACAAUAUUUUCUCAGUUCCACCGCCACACUCUAAACGUGGCAGUUCUUGCAUGCAUUGUAUCUGUCUAUUCCCAUUUAUCAUUCUCAUCUACAACUUAAUCGAGUUUCAAAGUUCCCUAGUGUCUCGUUGCCAAGAAUCUGAUUGCUGGGUCUGUUCCAUUCAUCUGCCAAUCUAUUUGAGAACCAAUUCCUUCCUAUCUCUCUUCUAUCGAAUUUUAUCAAGUUGGAAUCGAUUAUUUUCAUGCCCUAUCCUGAUUACUGACUGAGGACUUUACUUGUGUCACGCUGGUUAUAUUCACAAUGCCAUUUUCUUCAAGGCCAUUGUCAUUACCGUUAAGGAAGACGUAAGUGUUGAUUGUUCCAAGUGGUGAGAUGAGGAAGUGAUGCAAGUUGGUUGUUCACUCAC